AUUGGCAAUUGGCUGCGUGUCUGUCCCGAACAACCAUGUCCAACCAGAGGCGCCAUGUUCUCUCGCACCCGUUGGUGAAUGCACGAUUAUCACAACUGCGGCAGUCUAAUACAAGUUCAAAGGAUUUCAGAGAGGGCAUCCAUGAUAUCAGCCUAAUCUUGGGGAUCGAGGCUUCGCGCGAAUUGGAAGAGGAGACGUUUGAAGGCCAAACACCAGUUGGUCCUUUCACGGGUACAGCCAUCAAACCCAAGGUCGGCCUGACACCCAUUCUGCGAGCUGGCUUAGGCAUGACGGACGCACUACUGUCCCUUUUCCCGACUGCACCAGUUUACCACCUUGGACUCUUCCGAGAGAAGGUCAGCCUUCAACCAGUUGAAUACUAUUCGAAGCUUCCUCCAGUCCCUCCAAUAGACACGUGUUUCCUUCUCGAUCCUUUGGUUGCCACCGGAGGCACUGCAUGUGCUGCCCUUGCCAUGAUCAUUGACUGGGGGGUUCCCGUAUCGAAGAUCAAGCUACUCGUUGUACUCGGUUCAGAGGAAGGACUCAAUCAUGUACACGCCGAGUACCCUGACUUAGAGAUCUGGGUAGCAGCCGUAGAUUCCAAACUCACACCUGAUGGUCUCAUAUCUCCUGGAUUGGGCGACACUGGAGAUCGUCUCUUCAAUACCAUACGGGCGUAAUGGCAUUCAACUGCGACAAUGUAUUAUGAGAGUGUAGUGGAUCACCUAUUAGUAAUGUCAUUUCUGAAUCACCCGUGCCCUUACAGAUGAACUGUUGAAAUUUCUGGUUGUCUGGCC